AUAUAAUUGGAGAACAAUAUAACAUCAUAAAAGAUGGAGGGAAAUUCAGUUGGUCCUCACAACAAAUAUUAUUGUGGCUCUUUUUCUGCCUCAAAAACUCAACAAAAUACACAACCUGCAAAAUUUCCACCCAAAUUCCCAUUGUGGCACAGACAAAUGGCAAGUACAGAGACUUCAACAUUUAUCAUGUCCAAGCUGGAACUACCUCCAAUUUCUCAAAUGCUGGCCAGGAGAUUUCAAUCAUCAAUCCCAUUUAGUUCCAGACCAUAUGAUAAUUCCCCUGCUGCCAAAUUCUUGAUUCCUCAUGGAAAUCCAAGGCUCAGGCUCGGAAAAUCUCGUGGGCAACCUUUGUUAUGUGCACUCAUUGACAUGGAAUCUUCAGUUGAAUUUAAAACCAGGACAUGGAACUGGAGGGGCUAUUCUAUUCGGUAUCAAUGUGCUGGAAGCAUUGGACCUGCACUUGUUUUAGUUCAUGGUUUUGGAGCAAACAGUGACCAUUGGAGGAAAAAUCUACCAGUUCUAGCCAAGUCACACCGGGUAUUUUCAAUUGAUCUUAUUGGUUAUGGUUAUUCAGACAAACCAAAUCCCCGUGACCUUCAGGUGGAUAAUUUUUAUACAUUUGAGACAUGGGGAAGCCAGCUAAAUGACUUCUGUAGAGAUGUUGUUAAAGAUCAAGCCUUCUUCAUUUGCAACUCUAUUGGAGGACUUGUUGGUCUCCAGGCUGCAGUCAGCCAACCUCAAAUAUGUAAGGGACUUCUUCUACUAAACAUAUCUCUUCGAAUGCUUCAUAUAACGAAGCAACCUUGGUAUGCAAGGCCCUUAAUUAGAUCAUUUCAGAAUACAUUGAGAAACACUCCUCUUGGGAGGAUAUUUUUCAAAUCUGUUGCCACACGAGAGUCUGUAAAGAAUAUUCUUCGCCAGUGUUAUCAUGACAAAUCCCAAGUUACAGACGAAUUAGUCGAAAUCAUCCUACUUCCUGGUCUUCAGCCUGGUGCGGUAGAUGUGUUUCUUGAGUUCAUUUGUUAUUCAGGAGGACCCCUUCCAGAGGAACUCAUUCCCCUGGUGAAGGUAAAGUAGCCCAUUUCGAGUUCACAUGGCGUGGAUUGUUUUACUUCUAAAUUCUAAAACCUGUUUCCAAAAUAUCUCUCUUUGAAGUGUCCUGUAUUAGUGGCAUGGGGAGAGAAGGAUCCGUGGGAACCUAUCGAGCUCGGACGAGCGUAUGGCGAAUUUGACACUGUUGAGGACUUUGUUAUCCUUCCCGAUGUAGGUCACUGCCCUCAAGAUGAGGCUCCUGAUCUAGUGAACCCACUGAUUGAAGCAUUUGUUGCUCGCCAUUCGACACCAACAGCAGUGACUCCUGUAUUGCCUUCAUGACUUUCUGCAUUGUGCUUACGGCGAUACUUGGUUUUGGAUAAAAUGCAGCCUUUGAUCUGCAAAAGUUUACUGUAUACUUCCUACAUGAAAUUGUUGUAAGGUGAUCAAGUAAACCAUUGGAAGAGACAAAACUGCAUAUAGUUGUCAUUUAUAAUCUCUUAUGUGCUUGAGUUCCUGUGUAUAUUUAUAGCAGACAUUGUGAGUCUCAGGGAUUGCAGACCAUGGUUGUGUGUAAAUUACAUUAACAGUAAAAUCACAUUUAUAGCUUAUGAUUUG